AUGGACAAUCUGCCUACUGAGAUCGUGGCCCACAUUGGUCUGUUCGCAGGCGCCGAAGGCUUACCUGCUCUGCGGUCUACCGGACGUCUCGCCAACAAUGCUUCCAUCAAUCACUUCGCGAGGAUAUGCUUCAGAUCGUUCGAGAUCCCUGUCACCCCAGAAUCUCUUUAUAAGCUGUACCGAGCCGCUUCACACCCCAAAUUCCAGGACUUGGCUUCGUCUUUACUUGCACACGCGUGGUCUACGUUUGAUGCAUUCGCCAACCGUGAUCAGAAGGUGACCAUUCAGGUCAAGGUCAACGCAGUCGCGAUUCGAGGCUCCACGUCCAUCGAGACAACCAUCAACCAAUUCCCAAAUUACAUCACGCGUGCCAACUCAUUCAAGUCUUUCCUGCAGGAGCCACUCACCCUGAACUUUCCUUCGCCUCCCGAGAGUCCCCGUACUGCGCCCCUGAGAACCCUCUUCUUUCGCAACCUUGCAAUCGAUUCGAUCACUGAGAACAUUCAUGUCCUUUACUCGGACUUGUCACCUAUCGCUGGAAUCACCUACGAUGCUACUACUCAGACACUGCUUAUCGAAGGGCUUGAGGUCAAGCAUCUGCUGGAGCUGCGGUCCUUCAUCAGGGGCAUUCAUCUGAAAAAGCUCGUCCUUAGGCACACUGCUAUGGACACGACUACGAUUGAGAGAGUGUGCUUUACACACUGUGCUACGUUGGGCACCGUUCUCAUGGAAGACGUAAAAAUCUGGGAUCUCUGGUCAGAGGGCGACAGUGUCCCGGCUUGUUGGAAGGAGAGUCUCGCCAGUAUCUCUCGUCUUCCAGCACUGAAGAUUUGCAGCCUGCCUGUGCAGGUGUCCAACUUCUUCGCAAGUGGUAUGGCCACUGUACACCACAAUCUCGAAGUCUGGAUCAACAACACCCAGUGGUAG